GUAGUAAGUACUUUCCCCCACUUUCUCCCUCACUCUCUCUCUCUCUCUCUCUCUUAUUCUCUCUUUCUUUUUGCGGCGUAGUAAUAAAGUGUACGAGCUCAUCUAAAUUUACUUGGAGAUACACUCAAGAUAACAACACCACUUUUAUCCCGCCCCCACAAAAGGGGUUUAUAAAAAAAAAAAAAAAUUCAAAAGCGCAAAAUUUAUGAGGGAAAAUCCAAUAUAUUACCAAAACACUUUAUUUAUUUUUCUUACACACAUUAUCUUCAAUAUCAUCUCCUUUCUCUUUUUCCUUCCAAACCUUCACCUUUUUUUGUUUUCUUCUCUUACCUCGUCUUCAUGUCUCAAACUCAUUCCUCUUUUUUGGAAGACAAUAGUUCAUCAAAGUCCAGUAAUAAUAUUCAUUUGACUCAAGUUGCUCCUCAUCAGUUGACCACAUCCAAAAAUCCUGAAUACUUAAAGUCACCUUUGCCAUCGGGAGGUAGCCGAUCUGGUUCCCGUACUUCAUCGCUUAAAGCUUCUAUUGGAAAAGGAAGCUUUAUAUCACUUUUAUUAUGUUGUACGUCGUCAGCUUCCAUUUUAGAUAAUAAUGACAAGUCAUCUUCCAUCAUUGGGAAACGACAGAGACAUGAUCGACAACAACUACACAAUAGCAACUCUAAAACAGAGAAACAACAGGAACAUGAAGUAGAGACGUCAAAAGAAGAAAAAGAAAACUCUAUGUCUUCAUCUUUAUCAUCCUCUUCUUCCUUUGAUAACCGACCAGAUGUCCCAUCACCAUCAGAAAAACAAUUGAUAUCUACCACUCUAACUACUUCUCCUUUGGCGUCCUCUAAACCACAAGUACCUAAAAUUAUUACACAGCCAGACCAGUUAAUCCAUACAGAGCCUGAUCAAGAUGAGGUGACGUCGGCAACUCCUGCUACAGCUCCACCACCAGCAUCCCCUUUUCAAGCACCAACCAUUCAACUUUUACCUCCUUUACUUCCUGAAGAUAUUGGUAGAAAAUGCCUUGUAUUAGAUCUGGAUGAAACUCUGGUACACAGCUCUUUUAAGAUGAUACCCAAUCCCGAUUUCAUAGUACCAGUGGAAAUCGAUAAUCAAUACCAUAAUGUAUAUGUCUUGAAAAGACCUGGUGUAGAUGAAUUCAUGCGUAAAAUGGGAGAAUUAUAUGAAAUCGUUGUCUUCACAGCCAGUUUAUCAAAGUACGCUGAUCCAGUAUUAGAUAUGUUGGACAAACAUAAAGUGGUGAAACAUCGAUUAUUCCGAGAAUCCUGCUAUAAUCAUAAAGGUACUUAUGUUAAAGAUUUAUCUCAUUUGAAUCGAGAUUUGGCCUCUACCAUGAUUUUAGACAAUUCUCCAGCAAGUUAUAUCUUUCACAAUGCCAAUGCGGUACCAGUAUCAACUUGGUUCAAUGAUCCUCAUGAUACUGAACUCAUUGACUUGGUUGCUUUUUUGAAUGACCUGACAUCGGUUGAUGACGUUACCUUAGUCUUGAAUAAUGCCCUUGAUACCAACUUCCCCAGCAUGUAGUUCUUUUUUUAUAAGAAAAGAUUGGUUAAUCUUGUCUUUCUCUAUCUCUUCUCUCUUUCUUUAUCGUUUUUGUGGUCACUUACUUCAUACCCUUCCACUUUUUUUUUUCUUUGACUACAUAUCCAAACGAUAUUCUUUUUCUCAGUUAGAUUUUCAUCCCCUCCUCUUAUUUUUCUUUCCUUACCUUCAGUUUGUGUUUUAUCAUCAAUCAUGGUUCUAAAAUGUAAAUACAAUCUCCUUUAGUAAAACAAAUUAUUUC